UUUCAUUCAUUCGGUAAUCGUGCACAGUCGUACAAUGCUGUAUCUUUUAGUUACUUUAGCAAGUGCACUUACACUUUUAUAUUUUUAUUUUACAAGAACUUUUAACUAUUGGAAGGAUAGAAAUGUAGCUGGACCAAAACCGCUGCCAUUCUUUGGCAAUCUUAAGGAUACUACUCUAAGGCGUAAGCAUGCUGCUAUUGUUUUUAAAAGUAUUUACGAUGCAUAUCCAAACGAAAAAGUGGUCGGAGUUUACAGAAUGACAACACCGUGUCUGCUGCUGCGUGACUUGGACGUUAUUAAGCAAGUUAUGAUAAAAGAUUUUGAUCUAUUUCUUGACAGAGGUGUGGAAUUCAGUAAAGAAGGACUAGGACUUAACCUGUUUCAUGCUGAUGGCGAUACAUGGAGAGUCUUAAGAAAUAGAUUUACACCAGUUUUUACUUCUGGUAAAUUGAGAAAUAUGUUAUAUCUCAUGACUGAACGAGGCGAACACUUUGUUGAGUAUGUCGACAACCUUCGUGCAAAACAAUCAGAGCAACCUAUACAUCUCCUCGUUCAGAAGUUCACAAUGGCUACUAUAUCAGCAUGUGCUUUUGGUUUGGACUUAGAUGAUGAUAUGUACAAAGUAUUGGACAAAAUAGACAAGAUGAUUUUCACUGCAAAUUACAGCCUCGAGUUAGAUAUGAUGUACCCUGGCAUUUUGAAAAAGUUUAAUGGCUCAAUAUUUCCCAAGUUUGUAAACACGUUCUUCAAUAACCUUGCACAAACUGUCGUCAAACAAAGAGGUGGACUUCCAACAAACAGAAAGGACUUUAUGGAUUUGAUUUUGGAGUUGAGACAACAGAAAACAAUUGAAGGAACGAAGAAAAUGGACGAUGAGAAGCUGAGGAUAGUUGAACUGACUGAUAGUGUGAUUGCGGCACAGGCUUUCGUGUUCUAUGCGGCUGGCUACGAGACCAGCGCAUCCACCAUGACGUACAUGUUCUAUGAACUGGCGAAAAAUCCUGAUAUACAAGAUAAAGUAAUUGCAGAAAUUGACGCAGUUCUUAAACGUUACAAUGGCGAGAUAACCUAUGACUGCUUAAAUGAUAUGACUUAUUUGCAACAAGUAUUUGAUGAAACUUUAAGAAAAUAUCCAAUUGUUGAUCCCUUGCAACGCAACGCUCAAACGGAUUAUAUAAUCCCAGGCACUAAUGUCACUAUUAAGAAAGGACAAACUGUACUCGUUAACGCUAUGGCUAUUCAUUACGAUCCUAAAUAUUACCCCGACCCGGAAAAAUUUGAUCCUGAACGUUUUAGUCCUGAAAAUGAAAAAGAUAGACAUUCAUGUGCUUAUUUACCUUUUGGAACUGGACCUAGGAACUGCAUAGGCAUGCGCUUUGCCAAAGUGCAGUCCCGAGUAUGCGUAGUGAAGUUCCUGUCCAAGUUCAGAGUGGAGCCUUCGAAGAAGACACCAGCGAAAUUGGAAUACGAUCCCAUGAGACUUGUUUUGUUCCCCAAGGGAGGAAUUCACUUGAACGUUUUAUGUAGAUAAAUAUGUUAUUAUGAUUCGAGAAACAAAAUGUAUUUGGUGCCAGUAAAUUAAUAUUUUAAAAUUGAUUAUUGGAUCUUGUCUGAUCCGUUUGUACACACUGAGAACUUAGUGUACAUAACCAAAAACGUUGACUCUAAUUUGUUUAUGUUAAAAUUUAUUAAAUUUUUUUGUUAAUUUCAUUUGAGACAUUGAUGUAGAAAUAUUU